AUAUUUUCCUUUUAGUCGCGUCCUGCAUUUCCAAGUUCUCAAAAUUUCUCAGAUUCACUCAUUUUUCUUUUCGUCCAUUUGAUUUCUUGAUUCCUUCAGUCCGAUUUCUCUUUCGAAUUUGGUUUCCCCUGUAUCGAUUACAAACCCUAAAUCCGCUCAGUCCAAGAAAUUUUGGGGAUUUUUUCAGGUUGAAGAUUUGGUAUGGCUUCGAAAACAGCAACCAAAGACAUUAUCACUCUUCGUGGUUCUGCGGCGAUUGUCAGCGAGUUCUUUGGGUAUGCUGCAAAUAGCAUUCUUUACAAUCGUGGGCUUUAUCCGGAAGAAAGUUUUGUUAGGGUUAAGAAAUAUGGACUUCCUAUGUUGCUUACUCAAGAUGAAGGUGUUAAGACCUUCAUUUCUAAUCUAACUGCUCAGAUUUCUGAAUGGCUGGAAGCUGGGAAGUUACAAAGGGUUGUGCUAGUUAUAAUGAGCAAAUCCAACAAUGAGGUCCUUGAGAGGUGGAAUUUCAGAAUUGAAACUGAUGGAGAGGUGUUGGAGAAAGGUGUGUCGAAGGAAAAGAGCGAUAAAGAAAUAAUGAGGGAGAUCCAAGCAAUUAUGAGACAGAUUGCUUCAAGCAUCACCUACUUGCCCUGCCUAGAUGAACCCUGUGUGUUUGAUGUGUUAGCAUACACCGAUAAAGAUCUUACUGUUCCAUUUACUUGGAUAGAGAGUGACCCUAAACUAAUUGCUAAUCCACAAAUGGUGAAGCUGCAUUCUUUUGACACAAAGAUUCAUAAAGUGGACACCCUUGUUUCUUACAAGAAUGAUGAUUGCGAUGACGAGUAAAAAAAAAAAAACUCCCUUUUCUUCAAUUUGUUGUUGGUUUCAGAAUCCUCCAACCCGAUCUCGCUUUCAAGGUGGUAUUGUGAAU